CCAGUCCCGGCACCCGGCGCCGGCAGCAACCAGCCAGCGAGCGAUCGACCGAGACAGAGACAGAGCAGGGAGCGGAGGUCGAGAGCAGCAGCAGCAGAGGGAGAUGGUGAAGAUUCCGAGCCCCAGGAGGCUGUUCAGGAGCCGGUCCAGGAGCACGGCCGGCAGCAGCGCCGGCGCGGACAUCUGCGCCAUGGUCGCCGAGCACGAGAAGAUCGAGUGGGAGGUGCGGCCCGGCGGGAUGCUGGUGCAGAAGCGGCGGACGCCCGAGGAGGACGCGGCGGCCGUCGAGUACAUCCUGGUCAGGGUCGCCACCGGCUGGCAGUGGCACGACGUCUCCAUCGACGCCACCGCGACCUUCGGCGACCUGAAGGUGAUGCUGUCGCUGGUGACCGGCCUGUGGCCCAGGGAGCAGAGGCUGCUGUACAGGGGCAAGGAGAGGGACGACUGCGAGCACCUGCACAUGGUGGGCGUCCAGGACAAGGACAAGGUGCUGCUCCUGGAAGACCCGGCCGUCAAGGAGAGGAAGCUCAGGUCGACCACCUUGGCGCAGCUAAUGGGGGUGCCCUGCCACUCCUUCAUCCAAGUGUAGAGAGGGUCCCCUGAAUUUCUUGCAGCUUCCUUUUCGUUUUUCUCCUUCUUUCAGUUCGUUCGCGUGAGCGACUGAGCAAAGAUUUCAGCUCAGUCUAACUGCAGUGUUCAGAGCCUGCUGAGUUUCAGGUCCUGAAUUCGGCCAAUCGAAUCAGGACGUUCUCAAAAUAGGAUACUAUACUGUAAGACGAUAAACACAUUAUGUAAAUUAAUUCCCACUGCCACUGUGUAUGUACUAAUUCUUUGCUUCUUACUCUGUACAUACAUAUUCUUAUUUCUUCCAUUGUUGAGGACAGCAAUACAGUUCAUGGUUUUCACAA